AUGACAUCGUUACUGCUGAACAGCAGUGAGAGUAGUGCGAGUGGUGUAGCGGCGACAAGUACCACACAAUUUCUGACGUUCCCGUUUCGACGACGAAGGAAGCGCUAUACGAUUAACCCUCCCGACGACACCUAUCAUGUUGUAUAUCUUGGCAAUGUUCUUACUCUCAUCGCCAAAGAUCUUAAAAUAACAUAG